AUGGAAGGGAAAGAGGAGGCCAGUAAUCAGGAAUCCAGCCUCCACAGAAGAAGCUGCUACAGCCCCGAGACGUUUCGCCAGCGGUUCAGGCAGUUUGGCUACCAGGAAUCCCCUGGGCCUCGGGAGGCUCUGAACAGGCUCCGGGAGCUCUGCUGGCAGUGGCUGAGGCCGGACGUGUACACCAAGAAGCAGAUCCUGGAGCUGCUCGUGCUGGAGCAGUUCCUGGCCAUCCUGCCAGAGGAGCUGCAGGCCUGGCUGCAAGAGCACCGACCAGAGAACGGAGAGGAAGCUGUGACUAUGCUGGAGGAGCUGGAGAAAGAGCUUGAUGGGCCAGCAGAGCAGGUUUUUGGACAAAAUGAAGACACCCUUGCAGAGAAAGUGGCAGCAUGGGAAAUCACACAGGAGUCACCAUGUGGCCAGCUCAAGCCUGUGAAGAAGCAGCUGCAGUGCACAUCCCAGGAGCCUCACCCCUCAAGACAGAACGAUAAAGACACUAGAACUGUAAAUGUGAAAUCAGCUUCAAAGCAAAAGACCUCUUCGGACAUAGAACUGCAUUACGAUGUUUCUAACAUGCUUCAUAUGAAUACUUCCCAGAGUUUCACAUCUAGAGGAACUGGCGAACAAAAUGGCAUGUUUGAAAGAAAACAUAGAAAUCCUUCUCGAAAAAAACAACACAAGUGUGAUGAAUGUGGCAAAACCUUUAGUCAGAGCUCAGCCCUUAUCUUACAUCAGCGAAUCCACAGCGGAGAGAAACCUUACGUGUGUGAUGUGUGCGCAAAGGCUUUUAGCCGAAGUGCGGUCCUGAUUCAGCAUCGAAGAAUCCACACAGAUCCCAAAUAUGAAAAUAGGAUUGAAGAGGUCCAAAAGAGUAUGUACCUCAAGACCUAGGCUGAAAUGUUCCGGGUAAUUGUCAGGAGGUA